AUGAACAUUCUAUAUAACCCACUCAGCAUUGUGUUCCUGGCAUCCACAUUCGAGAUUCCCUUGAAGAUGAGACUGCUCGUGGUAUUACUCUUGGUGGCUUUGAUUGUUCUCCCAACGGAGGGUCUGUUCCGUCGUCGUCGACGACGCAGAUGGCUCCGUAUCAGAGGCAGAAAAGUUAUCACUGGUCUUGGCGUUGCUGCGAGAUUGGGACUGAUAGGAAAGAGAGAUGUACAAGAUGACCUUGCCACUGCUGACUUGAAUGAGGAUGGGAACAUUGACCAAUCAGAAGCUGAGAAUCUCUUCGACAAGCGUGAUGCAGAACAAAUCCUGCAAAUGGCUGACAUGGACGGUGAUUCGGUUGUUAGUCAUGAUGAGUUUAUCCGAGGUCUGGAGGAGCUUUUCUCCCAGGAUGCUGAAUAGAUGUUUGAAAACAAGCGCAUUAUGAUGACAUAACAUGAUGCUUGGAAAUAAAUAUUUGCAAAAUAA